AUGAGUGGAUCUUUCCUAGAAGUUCCAAAAUCUGUCUUCAACACUGCAACUCCUCUAGUUGCCUCUUCACUAGGAAGAACUAGGCUCUCAGUUGGGACUUCACCUAUCACUGGGCUAAUGCAAGAUCGCUACCAACAAUUAAUGCAAGAAUUCAACGAAAUCGACAAAGACGGCGAUAAGCAGCUGACCUUUGACGAAAUUUUCGAAUUUUUAUCCAGGCGACAAGGCUCAGAUUUCGACGAAAAUUUAUGUCACGAACUUUUCGCCAAAAUGGACAAAAAUCAUGACUCAAUUGUAACAACCCAGGAAUUCUUAUGGUCCUAUGUAGACGCUGAAGACAUUAUCAUGAAGAGAAUUAAGGAACUCAAAAAACAAAUACAAGACAAAGCUAAACAAAUGGAAGAAUGCAAGAAAAAAAUGGUCCAAGCAAGAGCGGUUGAACAAAUGAACCAGUAUGGAAUCAUGAAAGGAAGCAUUCUUACUGUCAAUGUUAUUGCAGGACAAGAUUUAAUACCUAUGGACACAAAUGGAGCUUCUGAUCCGUAUGUUAUUUUGGAAUGUGAUGGGAAUACUGCGCAAACGAGAUAUAUUGAAGCAGAGCUGAAUCCGAAAUGGGAUGAAGAGUUUACUUUUAAUAUCCAGAAGCCUGAUGCGGAGCUGAAAAUCACUGUGAUGGACCAUGACACAAUAGGAAAAGAUGAUUUUGAAGGAGAAGUUAUGAUUCCGCUGAGUCUUUUAAAGGACCAAAUGAAGCAUGAUCAAUUCUUCCAGCUUCAUGAUAAAAAUCCUAAAGAUAGAUGGCAGGGUAGAGUGCAUCUUGGACUCCAAUGGAUCUGGAGCAGAGCUAAAUACUUAGAAGACCUUGUAAAUCAAUGGGUUGAGCAUAUUGCUAUGGACAAAGAAGAGAUCACCAGUCUUGAAGAGCAGCUAGAAAAACUCAGAAAGCCGUUUGGAAAUUUAGUAAAUGCCAAUGAUUGGAUUAUGUCGCCUGGUGAAAGUCGGCCGCAGUCUCCUAAUAUUGAAGCUGUAAUUGGACAAAGAAUUACAGCUCAGGCAGAUAUAAUAACUGGCGGGCUGAUUGGAAAAAUGGCAGAAAAAAGCCAUGCAUCUAUUAUAGCGGCUGGCAUUUUUAUAUUUAUUAGUAUUUUGGCCUCUUUCGAGAAACCUGAUUUUUUAAACUUAACAAUUGGAUUAGCAGCAGCUUAUUAUUGGGUGAUUCUUGAAGAGAGUUCUGAAAGAUAUAGAAGUUUAGCCAUUGCAAUAGCUGCUUCUGAGUGUUUUGAUUUAUUGUGGCUAUGAACAAAUUCUGACUGGGAAGCACCUGAAAAUCCUGAUGGCGGAUUAAAGUAUUGGACUGUUUAUUUGACGUGGAUUGAAUUUUUGAUAAAGAUUCCUGUAUGUCUGAUCUUCUUUAAGAAAUCAUUAUAG